AGGCGGCAGCGCCCGACCCCCGCCUUCUCCGCAGCCGCGCCCCCGCCCCUCGCGUCCCGACGGGUCGUGGCUCAGCCGGCGUCCUGGCUCGUUCUUCGGAAGGUGUGGACUGCUGCGCGUCCCCGCGGCCUGCAGGCAGAAUGAUCCCCGAAACUGGCUUCCUGCAAGCCCACUGCCGAAUCCCCUCAGCUAAUCCUUAGGGCCGGGGAAACACACCUUAGGGUGUGUCUGAAGGAUGCCGGGUGGGCAGCCGGUGAGAGGCGCACACAAGACACGAGAGGGGCCUCGGUGCGUGGUCCUGAGUUCUGUGCGGGGAGACCGAGGCAGGGCUCCGCAGCCAGCGCCCAGAUGACGGGGUCGCGGCGAGCACUGCAGCCGGUACUGAGGUCUUACCGGGGGCGAGCUCUGAAUCCAACGCCGCGCUGCCCGAGCUUACUCUCAGAACAACCCUACGCAGAAGGUUUAGUUAACCAGUUCCUUUCCUGGUCCUGUUAACUGUGCUGCGGUUCUGAGUGUUCCCUGAAAGAUAACACUUGUUAUUGUCCCCUCUGACCAUUGGAGCUGGAAUAUGGCUGCAGUGUUACUUCCACGGGCUCCUGAAGAGCCAGAGAGGCUCUUCAAAGGAAACAACAAAAAAGGUCCUGCCAAGGUUCAGGGAUCUGGCCCACAGGGGAGCAGCCCAAAAAGCCAGGAGCUAUUCCGCCAGCGCUUCCGACAAUUCUGCUACAAGGAGACUCCUGGACCCCGUGAGGCCUUGAGCCAGCUCUGGGUGUUCUGCUGUGAGUGGUUAAGGCCUGAGAUACACAGCAAGGAGCAGAUGUUGGACUUGCUGGUGCUGGAGCAGUUCCUCACCAUCCUGCCCGAGGAGCUCCAGGCCUGGGUGCGGGAGCAGCACCCGGAGAGCAGGGAGGAGGCCGUGGCUGUGCUGGAGGAUCUGGAGAAGGAAUUGGAUGAACCAGACCAGCAGGUUUCAACCCAGACCUGUGCACAGGAAGUGCUUUCUGAGACUUCGGAACCUCUGGAUCCAGCUAAGGAAGCAACAUAUCUCCAGCCUCAACCCAUGGAGAUCCAGCUUAAGGGUGAAUCUCAGGACCCUCAGCACCAACAGGAUUGUGAUGAUGUGAUCGGAAUUGAGAAGGGAGAACUGAUUCAAACGCAGGAGUUUACUGUAGAUCUGGAGUCUCCAAAAACGUUCUCUGGCCGAAUGAAUGGAAAGGUCCCUGAAUGUGGAGAGACCCAAGGACAUGAAGGAUGGACAAAAAGGUAUCAGAGAAACACUUCAACUGAGAAAAGAUAUAAUUGUGACGAAUGUGGGAGAAGAUUCACUCAAAACUCAAGCCUCAUUAGACAUAAAAGAAUCCACACUGGAGAAAGACCCUAUUCAUGUAAUGUGUGCGGCAAAACUUUCAUCCAGAGCUCUCAACUUAUUGACCAUCAGAGAAUACAUAACCGGUUAAAACCCUAUCAGUGUGAUGAGUGUGGAAAAGCCUUUUAUUACAGUUCACACCUUGUUCAGCAUCAGAGGACCCACACUGGAGAAAAACCUUUCCAAUGCAAUGGGUGUGGGAAAGCUUUUCACUGCAGCUCAGGCCUUGUUCGACACCAGAGGACCCACACAGGAGAGAAGCCAUACCAGUGCAGCGACUGUGGGAAGGCUUUCUGUCUGAGCUCACAUCUGAUUCAGCAUCAGAGAGUCCACACUGGCGAGAAGCCGUACCAGUGCAGUGAGUGUGGGAAAAGCUUCAGCCAGAGCUCAGGCCUCUUCCAUCACCAGAGAAUCCACAGUGGGGAGAAACCCUAUGAGUGUGAUGAGUGUGGAAAGGCCUUCAGCCACAGCUCAGCGCUGGUGGGGCACCAGCGCAUCCACAGCGGAGAGAGGCCCUAUGAGUGUGACGUAUGCAGGAAAGCUUUCGGUUACAGCUCACAUCUCCUGGGACACCGAAGAAUCCACACUGGAGAGAAGCCCUAUGAGUGUGACGUAUGUGGGAAAGCUUUCCGGCGGAGCUCACACCUCAUUGUACAUCAGCGAAUCCACACUGGAGAGGAGCCCUGGUGAUUGUCGGCGCUCAUUCCUGCAGAACGCCAGAAAAGCACGGCUAGCAGAGGGCGCCACCGUGACAGUGGGGAAUUCUGUGAUCGCCGCGGCAGUUGGCGCGGCCAUGUGUCAGGCCAUGCUCCGGAGCCGAGACAGGUGAUCCCCAGGCAGCUUACCAAACGAGCACAUCCUUCCGCAUGCUCGGACUUCCAUCUCUGAAGCCAGGGCUCAGGAAACCUCAGUGACCCGUGAGAUGGGUACUUGGGGGCUGUAGAGACAGCUGCGCCCCCUCCCUCCUCCUCCCCCCUGUUUUCUUUGGAGUUAGAAUAACGGUCUUGUCUGAAGUGUGCAUUUAGAGUUAACAUCUCAUCUACAUAAAAAAAAAAAAUCCUGCAUUUUAGGUUAACUUGAUAAAAGACAUCAGCCUAUCAAUUAUCUACAUGAAAACUUUGUGAAUACAAAAACCACUCUGUAAUCUGGGAUGAACGAUUUGUGCAGAUAGGAAAGGAGGGUGGAUCACGCACAUUCCAGUGACCCCUCACAUCUUCCACCAGAGAUGGCAAACGGGCCAGUGGGCUGUAUUUGGCCUGCAUGUGUAUUUUUCCCAAAUGCUAUUUUCUUCAAUAAUAUAUAAAAUUAUUCCAAAUUUUUAAAGCUGUUUUUUUAAGGUUUAUUUAUUUGGAGAGGGAAAGUUCCAAGCAGACUGCCCUGAGCACGGAGCCCAACACAGGGCUCGAUCUCAUGACCCUGAGAUCAUGAUCUGAGCCAAAAUCAAGAAUCAGACGCCCAACUGACUGCGCUACCCAGGUGCCCCAAUUUUUUAAAAAUCUAGCGAUUUCACAUAAAAUAUGACUUUCUGGAUUUUCUUAAAAAAUGCGUGAUGUGACAACACUAGAUGGCAUAUUCCCACAAGGCAAGAGUUGACUGGAACAGAUUAUCACUACUGUGUGUUUAGAUGCGGUCCACUGCCACACAGCUUCCUGGGGUCUCCCGCCGCUCCCUCCUCCUCCUACCUGGGUGAGCCCUGCCUGCCCUAAGGGCUUCUCGGGCUUGCGGGUUCCAGGGCAGCUUGCCACCAAGAGUUCCACCUUAGUUUGACACACCGUCCCCCAAUAAGAUUUUCUCUGAAGAAAGGGCUUUCUGCUAACAACAGCUUGAAGAUUUAGAUUAAAAAAUAAGUUUAAAAGUGUGUACUUGCACACCUGAAGGUAGAGGAAAGCCACUUUAAAAUUUUCCUUAGAUAGAAUGUAUAGGUAAUUAUUGAAAGUCAGCUGUAGUAGCUUCAAGCCAAACCCGUGGAGACGAGUUGUUUGGGUGAGAUGAGAACAGCACACGUGACGGGCUUCGACACUCAUGUCAGAGUGAGAAGGCCUGGGGCCGAAAGCAGAGGUGCAGCUCAGAAAGAGAAGCUUGGAGAUCUGAAGCAUUUAGUGACAGGAGCAGCUGUGGGAAGACUGUGGGAUGAGGCCCAAGUGGGAGGCUGGGGAGAGGUGAGAAGAAAAAGCUAUGAAUAUGGGAAGGUCUAGGAUAAACGGAGGGAAGGAGAACGGACAGAGACGCCAGGAAAACAAACUGCAAACAGGAAGCCAGAGCAAAGGUAGUGAAGACAUGAAGCGAGAAAGCAUGGUUUAAAGAAACGGGAGUGGAGGGACGCCCGGUGGCUCAGACAGUUAGGUCCAAGGCAUGAUUGGAGUCCGGGGAUUGGGCUCCACGCCGGGCUCUCUGCUGAGCAGGAGUCCGCUUCUCUCUCUCUCCCUCUGUGCUCUGUCUCUUGCUCUCUUGCUUUCUCUCAAGCUAAUAAAUGAAAGGCCCUCACCCAAAUCUGAGUUCACUACUGUUUCUUUGUCACUCAGGGCCCUGGCCCUGCAUGGGUCUCUGAGUGUUGGGACACAGGACACUUCUCCUUAGGUAUAGAAAAAGACUGUUCAACCCUGCUCAGCCUGGACUCUGCCUUCACAAACCCAGCCAAGCAGGAGGAUUCUCCCCCAGGAGCAAGAAUACAUUUCUGGUGGGGGCCCUGGGUAGCACAGUCGGUCAAGCAUCUGACUCUUGAUUUGGGCUCAGGUCAUGAUCUCAGGGUCAUGAAAUUGAGCCAAGCCCCGAGUCAGUUAGGUGCUGGGUGUGCAGCCUGCUUAAUAUUCUCUCUCUCCCUCUGUACCACCCCGCCACCCUGGCUGGUGCAUGUGCCCGCACUCUCCCCCUUCUCUAAACAAAUAAAUAAAUAAUUUUUUUUUUAAAGAAUUCAUGCUUGGCCUCUCUGGGAAACUUGUAAUUUACCCAUUCCUCCUAAAGAGGAAAAAGUGUGUUGUGAGAUAGAAAUACCCAUUAUAAAUUAAUUAAGUGAUGUAGCAAAAGGAAAAGUCCUUUGCAAACUCUGACAAUCAUGGCUGCCAUUUGUUGAACGUCAGUUGUGUCCAGCAUCCAGCAUGUUGUAUCUGAUGUCAACGUUCCAACUCUUCUGUAAGGUACUAUUUAUUAUCUCAAUGUGUAGAUGUAAUUUAUUCUUAUGAAAGGCUUAUAAUAAAAUGAAAAGUUUUUAAUACAUUUAAAUGUUAAACAGCCUAUAAAAGUAUUUUUAGAAUAUAAUGCCUAAAACAGACUUAAAAUAUUAAAAGUUGGAAGUAACAAAAUGUCAACAGUGUAUUUAGGUAAUGAAAAGGGAAUGAGUCUCACCUUUUCUUUCUAUUUCUCUGUAUAUUCCAAAUGGAAAAGUUAGAAUUCAUCAUACACAUGUAGUAAACACUUUU